AUGAGGAGCGGGGAAGAUCUAUGUCGCACUCGGUACAGAAAAAGCCAAAGGUUUAAUUCUGGAACGGAUGGUAGUUACCUUACAUGGGCAAAGUGCAUUCCUAAUGAUGGUGAACUGAAACGGAUUAUAUUGGAGGAAGCACACCAUAGUCGUCUUAGCAUACACCCCGGUAUGACUAAGAUGUAUCAAGAUCUUGGGAAAUCGUUUUGGUGGCCUGGAAUGAAAAACUCGGUUUUGGCAAUCCCUGCAAGGCGAGUUGGGGAGCAAAUUGCAGAUGAGUUCAAGCAUAUCAUCCCGCAAACGGACGGCCAGUCCGACUACCCCACCAUCCAGACGCUGAGAAGAUUUAUUGAGGACGUGUGUCCUAGCCAUUGGGCCGCAUGGGAUGAGAUUUGCCUCUGGUGGAGUCACGUACAACAAAGUUUCAGUCUAGCAUUGGAAUGGCACGUUGAAGCUCUCUAUGGGGAAGGAAAUGCAGACGCCACUUUUGCUGGUUUCAAGAGGGAAGAACGUGCUAACUGGACCUGA